AUGAGCAAUCAAACAUUAAAACCGAUUUAUCCUAAUGAGCAAGAAUGGCAAUUUAUUGUUGACCUCUUAAUUCUUCUUGAGCCUAUGUAUCAUGCAACUGCAAUGCUAUCUUCUUCAACAGUUCCUACCCAGGGUGACUUGCGCAUGAUAUUCCAUAGUCUUAUUCUACACUUAAAUGAUAAUGAAAACCCAGUAGUUAAUACACAACAUGCUGUAGCUAAUGUCAUGAAAGCAAAAUUUAUAUCAUAUUGGGUCCACUUAAAUGAAUCGUCAACAAUCUCGGGCCUUCUUGAUCCAUAUAAUAAACUUUUGACCUAUGAAAUUAGUGAACGUGAACAAGCUAUUAAUCAGCUUCAUGAAAUGUACAAAAAUUAUAAACCUCCUGAAAAAAAUGAGCUAUCACCACCAUUUACUACCACUACUACUAAAUCAACACACUGA